AUGACUAAGCAUUCCAGCCGCCUGCUGGGCGUCCUCGGUGCUGCGGCCAUCCUGUCCAGCGUCGGUGCCUGCUGGGAGGAUGGCUUCGGAGACGGGUACUGCCAGCUGCAAAACAACAAUGCAGAAUGCGGGUACGACGGCGGCGACUGCUGCGAGUGCACUUGCCAGAACCCAUGGGGCGACGACGACGAGUGGUUCUGCUCCAAAGACGGUUACGGGUUUGCCUGCAUCGACCCGGAUGCCCCCUGUGUUGACGACGACGACAUCACCAUCGAAAUCGCGCAGAAUUGCGUCACUUCGGACUUGGGGAACGGCUAUUGUGAUGAGGACAACAACAACGAGAUAUGCGGCUACGACUUCGGCGACUGCUGCGAGUGCACGUGUGUGAGCCCAUGGGACGACGACGACUGGUACUGCUCGUCCGACGGUUCCGGGUUUGCCUGCAUCGACCCGGCAGCACCGUGUGUUGACGACGACGAUGUCACCAUUGACAUGGUGGAGAACUGCGGGUAUGUGAGGGGUCUGGGCGAUGGAUGGUGUGAUGACUGGAACAACAACGAACUGUGCGGUUACGACGGCGGCGACUGCUGCGAGUGCACAUGCGUGGCUCCACCUGCGAACGACGACUGGGACGACGACUGGGACGAUGACUGGGACGAUGACUGGGACGAUGACUGGGACGGCGCCUGCGGCGGUGGCUUCGCCUGCAUCGACCCCAACGCGGCUUGCGUCAACGAUGACGACAUCACUGUCGGCAUGGACACGCCGAGCAACAAGUGCGGCUGGAGGGGCGGAUUCGCCUGCAUCGACCCUUUAGCAUUCUGCGUCGAUGAUGAUUCCUUCACCGUGGACAUGAUCGAAAACUGCGAGUACCCGUGGGGAGUCGGCGAUGGCUACUGCAACCAACAAAACAACAACGAGCUAUGUGCCUACGACGGCGGUGACUGCUGUUCGUGCACCUGUCAGAACGACUUCGACGAUGAUUGGGCUUGCACGACGUUCGCCUGCAUUGACCCAGAGGCAGCCUGCGUCAACGACGAUGACAUCACCGUCGACAUGUUCGUCAACUGCGAAUACCCGGUGGACAUCGGAAACGGCUGGCUACGAUGGAGGCGACUGCUGCGAGUGCACAUGCGAGGCUACGACGGCGGCGACUGCUGCUCUUGCACAUGCCAGAACGCUUGGGAUUGGGAUGACGACUACUCCUGCAGCAGCGAGUACAAUUCCUUGGACUGCAAAGACCCUACCGCCUCCUGCUUCGGCGAAGGAACUACGGGGAGCGAUGACUUCACCUUCCACGACGACUACCAGCCAACGUCGUACGAGUUCGUCCACUGGGAAGAGACAGAGUCCCUGCCGACGGUCAUCGAUGCUGUUGAGGUGGGCACCAAGACCGAGGUUGGCGUAUCAGCCACCGCCCACGAUGUGCGGCCCCGUAGCAGCAGCGACGACGUCGGAUGCGGACAGGUCGGUGGCCUUGGGUGCACGGCGACCAACACUCGUGAUGGUAUCGUCUCCGACAUCGAGUCUAGGUGGUCGUGCGCCACGAUCCUUGUGCCUGACGAAGGUGCCUGCCAGAUCGAGUUCUCCUUUGCCGAACCCCAGAAUGUCGUGGACAUCCAGGUCGCCUUCUGGAAGGGCAAUGAGCGGACCCGUACCCUUUGGGUCCACGUCAACGGUGAGCUGACCCACACGCACGAGUCCUACGCCGAUUCUACCUUCAACACGCUCGGUGUGACAGCUACUGAGGCCAGCACUGUGAUGCUCGAGUCCGUCGCUCUCCUCUCUGACGAAUGGAUCAGUCUCCUCGAGGUACUCAUCUUCGUGACACCUUGA